GCGCGUGACUGCUCACUUGUGCCGGAGAGGCGGCUGUUGACGCAUAACUCACAUCACUGCAACCAUCGCUGCAGCAAGAUAAUGGAGUGGCUCCAGGACCAGCUCCUCCGCUUAGCGGCGCGGUACUACUGCCAAGACAUGGACAUAGAUGCAUCAAAACUACAAAUCGAGAAGUGGGACGCUGAAAGCUGCCGCAUCAAAGCGACAGACUUGAAAUUAACGAACGAGCACGGCGCGCUCUCCGCCGCCGAGUGCACCGUGGACGUGUCACAAGGCGUAGCAAUAGAGACGCAAGGCACUAUCUUAAUCGCGGCGCCCUGGAGAUCCAUCGGCGCCGUGAUGACGGACGGCUGGCGCGGGCCGGCCGUCAGCCUGCAGGCAGCCAUCCUCGAGCUGCGCUGCGGCGGCGCCAAACUUAGAGUGAGAAACGCAGCGAUCACCACAAAUACAACAGAUUCAACCGCCAACUGGGACGUCGCCGUGGCGUCGUUCCACAACGACCACGUGGGCGAGGCGCGGGGCGUCUCCGCGACGCUCGCAACCCGUGUAGCAAUCGGUGAGAGGCGCUGCGACAGUACUACCCGAAAAUUAGCCAAGGCCGAGGUGGAGGUGGUAGGCGGCGACACCGGUCUUAUUAUGGACACGCCGUUGUAUGCGUUAAUCGAGGAAGCCGCGCCUUAUUUAAAGAAGGUGGGCGAGGAGGGCUUGUUUUGCGCGUUCAAGUGUUCUAGAUUUGUGGUACGAGUCUUGGGGAUCGAUGUGCUGGGAGAGGCGGGGAUCCAUCUCCAUUUAGUGGAUGACGACGUCUGGCCGCGCUGGCGUUGUGAUAUUCAAGCUCCCGCGCUCCGGUGGGGCGCCGACGACGCACCAGCCGCCUCGACGAUGAGAAUCUCCUGGCUGACGCGGGAGGGCUGGGCCCUGGCUUGCGAGCGAGGCAGCUCGUCUCUGAACGACUCCGACGGGUAUGAUGAUGCGUGCGCGCGGUCGCCGCGCGAGCCGCCGGGCUGGCGCCACCCGAAUUUUAUCAAGAAGCCCGUGCUGGACGGGGGGCCUGCUUUACGUAUUGACGUCAAGGUCGACGGGUCCUUGUCCGAUGCUGGUUUAUGUUACGCCGUCCUCGGCGCGCUGUGGGGCGGCGCAGCGACGAAGGCGCCCUCGUAUACAUGCACUUUACGAAUAGAAGCGCUCUCCUCCAGCCUAGGUGCUUCUGAAAAAGUCGUGGCCACCGUGGCACGACAGUCAAUGACCUCAGACCCCGUCGCGACGCUCGCCUUAAAAGCCUUGCGCGGGGCCAUUGAGCUGAUCGGUUCCGAGGAUGCGCCGGUCGUCGCGCGGACGGGCGCGCCCGGCGAAAUUAGAAUAGAGGCAGCGCAAGGUACUUUAUAUACAGUACCGUCGCUCCCGAAUCUGAGGGUGACGGCGUCUCUCAAAUCUUUGUUGGUGCCCGAUGUGUUUGGGCUGGCUCUCUCGGCGUGCGAUGCGACUAUGAUCGUGACGGAGGACGUGCUCCAGGGCCGGGCGGCGUCGCUCGGUAUCACUUUGGAUGGUCUCCGUCUCGCGACGCUGCGCGGCGUCGGCGCGGAACGGGCGCUGUUGAACGGCGGCGUCGUCCAGCGGGCGCGCGUGUCCGUGGACGCCGUCUCCAUUGAAAUGGACGGGGCUGGCAAGGCCGCCGGCGUGUUACGGGACCGCGCCGGCGUCUUACGGGGCGCGCCGAAACCGGCCGACGCGCCGCGGGCCGUCGCCCUCCAGGCGCGCGUCGAGGCCGCGGCCUGCGGCUCGCUCGCGGCCACUAAACUGGCGGCCGAGGUCAAGGUCGUCGACGGCGCGGCGGAGGCGUCUCUCGGUGACGCGGAACAUGGCGUUUUGAUGCGGUCCACGCGGGGCGGCGUCGAGGUCGUCUCUCAUGAUUACGUCGAUGACAUGGCCGGUACGGCCGCGGGGCGGGCCGUGGCAACGUUGCUGGCGGCGGCGAUGGAGUUCGCGUUUUAA